GAUUUCCUCAAUUAUCAUAGGAUAACCCUGCCCGUUUCUCCCGGCCCAAAACAAAUUGCCUAGUUCCUCAAUACGACGGCGGUAGACGGAAGGUAUGCUGCCAUUUCCUCCAAGUCAGAGUCUGACCCCGUGUCACGCCGCCCUUCCCUCCUUCUACUUCCGCCCACCGCCAACGUCGACUACCGGAGCACCACCACCACCCGUCCCAAUCCUCCAUUUUUCUUGCUUCAAUUAUUCCCUCGUGACGUCGCUCCUUUCACCAAAGCUAACAACCACUUCAAUCUCUGCUUAUAAGCCCUUCAAACCUUGUGCAGCUACUAAAAGCAACCGCAGCCAGGACCCCAGAGAGUCUUCAUUCUUUGAUGAAGACGGCGUCGUACGGGACAUGGACGGUUACCUUAAUUAUCUUUCCCUCGAGUAUGACUCUGUUUGGGACACCAAGCCUUCCUGGUGUCAACCUUGGACGAUAACCACAACUGGCGUGUUACUAAUUGCCGGUAGCUGGCUUUUUCUGCGCUCCCUUAUUGUUACUGCUGGCGUUAUGGGUUUGGUAUGUGCGUGGUGGUACAUCUUUCUGUAUUCUUACCCCAAGGCAUAUCUGGAAAUGAUUGCAGAGCGCAGAAAGAGAGUUACAAGUGGUGUGGAAGAUACAUACGGCUUGGGAAGAUUUGACAGAGAAGCCGGGGAAGGGGAUGCCGGACCCAGCACCAAGUAGUCCAAGGCUGUCUACCUUUUCCCCUUCUCCUUUCUCCUCCCCGACUAGUGCGAAUCACACACACACCCGCUAACAGCUCCAGUAAAUUUCAAGUAAAACUGGCUAUGUAUUUGCAUUAAGCACAGGCGUUUUGCCUGGAUCAAAACGGAACUUCGAAUAUUGUUCGUUGAGACCUGCUAGAUUUGUUAAUUCCGUUAUCCAAGCGUGAAAAGAAAUCUUCAUCCAAGCAAAUGUGCAAAGAAGCUGGAAAUACUACUGAAACCAGUCCCAUUAUCAGACAGAUUAAUGCUGGCUGGAACUACUGAGAAAUAUAAAACCAUGCCCUUUCAACUGGACUUAUUUUAUGCU